AUGGCCUCCACAUCCACCAAUUCCACAUACUUGGCCAUCCCAGGCUCAGUUGCCUUCUCUCACUCUCGUGGGCGGGCAAUUGCAGCCAGCAUCGGGGCCCAGGAUGUUCGAGCUCAGUGGAUCCACUACGUCCACGCUGAACGACCUUUGGAUGCUCUGCAACAGGGCGUCUUGGAGCAGUUGCUCCGUUACGGCGAUAUCACCGAUGUUCCCGCCUCAUUCAGCCCCGAGGACGGUUCCUUCGAUGUCUUCUAUGUCUUUCCCCGCACUGGAACGAUUUCCCCUUGGAGUUCCCAAGCUACUGGUAUCUCACAUGUUUGUGGCUUGCGUAAGUACGUGAAGCGCAUUGAGCGGGGUAUCAAGAUCUCAUGUCUUCGCGAGAAGACACAAGAGUUCAAGCCUGGUUUCGAGGAUGUUCUGCAUGAUCGGAUGACCCAAUUGCUAAGCCAAACCGAGCCCGACCUGCACCUGAUGUUUUCCGAGCAUGCUCCUCAACCCCUCGAGACGAUCCCCCUUCACGGUAGCGACAAGUCUCCCAAAGAAGUACUACAAGAAGCGAACAAGCGGCUGGGUUUGGCAUUGGAACAAUCAGAGAUUGACUAUCUCGCUGAUGCUUACGGGCCCAAUGGUCCUCUUGCUCGUGACCCUACUGAUGUCGAACUGUUCAUGUUCGCUCAGGUCAACUCGGAGCACUGCCGUCACAAGCAGUUCAACGCUUCCUGGGUGAUCGAUGGCAAGCAGAUGCCAAACAGUCUCUUCGCCAUGAUUCGCAACACGCAUAAAAAGCACCCCGACCAUACUGUUAGCGCCUACAGUGACAACGCCGCAGUGCUUGAGGGACCCAACGCCGCAUUCUGGGCUCCUGACCCAUUCACCGGCGAAUGGAACCACACAAAGGAGGUCGUCCACUUCCUGGCUAAGGUCGAAACUCACAACCAUCCUACUGCCGUUUCCCCUUUUCCUGGCGCUGCCACGGGCUCGGGUGGAGAGAUUCGUGAUGAGGGUGCAGUCGGCAGAGGCUCCAAGCCCAAGGCCGGUCUUUCUGGAUACUGCGUUUCUGAUCUUCUGAUCCCGGAUCUGAAGCAGCCUUGGGAGCUCGAUGUUGGCAAGCCCAACCACAUUGCAAGCAGCUUGGAUAUCAUGUUGGAGGCUCCCAUUGGCAGUGCUCACUACAACAAUGAGUUUGGUCGUCCCUGUACACUUGGAUACUUCCGUACUCUCCUCACACAGGUUGACGUUGGUAACGGACAGACUGAGGUCCGUGGUUACCACAAGCCUAUUAUGAUUGCUGGUGGCGUUGGAACAGUCCGACCACAGCAUGCUAUCAAGAAACCCGAGACCGUCAGGCCCGGCUCCUACCUCGUUGUUCUGGGAGGCCCUGCCAUGCUUAUUGGACUGGGCGGAGGCGCCGCUUCCAGUAUCACGUCUGGUGAAGGAUCUGCAGACUUGGACUUUGCUAGUGUCCAGAGAGGCAACGCUGAAGUGCAGCGCAGAGCUCAGGAGGUUAUCAAUGCUUGUGUGGCCAUGGGUGAGAACAACCCCAUUAAGUUCAUUCAUGACGUUGGUGCCGGUGGACUCUCCAACGCGCUUCCCGAGCUGAUUCACGAUUCCGGACUGGGUGCUACUUUUGAGCUUCGUGAGAUUGAUAGCGCCGACAAGAGCAUGAGCCCCAUGCAAAUUUGGUGCUGUGAAGCCCAAGAAAGAUAUGUCCUCGCAGUCGGCGAAGAAAGCAUGAACAAAUUCACCGCCAUUGCUCACCGUGAGCGUUGUGGUUUCUCAGUGGUUGGCCGUGGUGAGGGUGGCUCUGAGGAGGACAAGAGACUUAUCCUCCUUGACAGAGACUCCACCGAGUAUCCGAAACCCAUUGACCUUCCUUUGUCAGUCCUCUUUGGCAAGCCUCCUCGGAUGACAAGGACAGUGGACUCCCGCAAACUGAAACUUCCCGCCGUCGAUGCAAGCCUUACCAGCUACCUUCCUUCCCUUGCGCCGAACCGCGUCGAGCUGAUCAGCGAGGCUGCCAACCGUGUCCUUUCUUUGCCUGCUGUAGGCUCCAAGUCUUUCCUGAUCACAAUCGGCGAUCGCACCGUCGGUGGUCUUACUGCUCGGGACCAGAUGGUUGGAAAAUGGCAAACCCCCGUCUCUGACGUUUCCGUCACGGCCACUGCGUUGGUUCAGGGAAUGAAGACUGGCGAAGCCAUGGCCAUGGGUGAGAGGCCAACUCUUGCUCUUAUUUCUCCGGCCGCAUCAGCUCGGAUGGCAGUUGCGGAGUCCCUCAUGAACAUUGCGGCUGCGGACUUGGUCGACCGCCUGAACCAUGUCAAGCUUUCUGCCAACUGGAUGUCCGCCAGCAAUCACCCCGGUGAGGGAGCCGCUAUCUACGAGGCAGUUGAGGCUAUCGGUAUGGAAUUGUGUCCUAAACUUGGCAUCAGCAUUCCCGUUGGAAAGGACUCCAUGUCAAUGAAGAUGAAGUGGACCGAUGAAGCCACCAAGGAGUCCAAGGAAGUCACCGCCCCUAUGUCCCUCGUUAUCUCUUCCUUCGCGCCCGUCGGUGAUUUCCGUAAGACCUGGACACCAGCCCUCCGCAGUGUUGAGGAUGUUGGUGAUACCGUUCUGAUGUUCGUUGAUCUCUCGUUCGGCCGCAAGACCCUGGGCGGCUCAGCCCUCGCUCAAGUCUUCAACCAGGUUGGAGACGAAUGCCCCGAUCUCCGCGAUGUGGAGAUUUUCAGGGACUUCUUCGACGCUACUCAGCAGCUCCAGGAGGCAGGCAUCGUUCUGGCCUAUCACGACAGAUCCGAUGGUGGUCUCUUCACUACUCUUGCCGAGAUGAUGUUUGCCGGACGCUGCGGUGUGGAAAUCAUGUUGGACAACAUCUGCCCCACCAAUAGCACACAAGAUCUUGUGUCGACCCUCUUCACAGAAGAACUGGGUGCGGUCUUCCAGGUGCGCAAAGAGCAUGAGAUUCAGUUCCGCUCUUGCUUUGCCACCUGCGGUCCCCCUGCUGGCCUGAUCCACAAGAUCGGUCGUGUUUCCGAAAGGCCGAAGCAGAACCUCGCCAUCUACCACAAGGCCAGUCUGGUGUACCGCAACAACCGCGCCAACCUCCAGCAGACCUGGGCUACCACCUCGUAUCACAUGCAGAAGAUCCGUGACAACGCUGCCUGCGCGGAACAGGAAUUCUCGAACAUCCUGGACGAUACCGACCCCGGUCUGUCAUGGAACCCCACCUUCGACCCGAAGGACCGGGCCAUGCCCCUUUUCACCAGCCUCAAGUCUCCCUUCAGCAACAAGCCACGUGUGGCCAUCUUGCGUGAGCAAGGUGUUAACAGUCAAGCGGAGAUGGCCUUUGCCUUCAAUGUGGCUGGAUUCUCCGCCGUUGACGUUCACAUGACCGAUAUUAUCUCUGGCCGCGUUUCUCUCUCCAGCUUUGUCGGUCUUGCCGCCUGUGGUGGUUUCUCAUACGGUGACGUUCUCGGUGCCGGCCAGGGUUGGGCCAAGUCAGUCCUGCUGCACGAGAAUACCCGCACUGAGUUCCAGAGCUUCUUCCAGCGUCCCGACACAUUUGCCCUCGGUGUUUGCAACGGUUGCCAGUUCCUCUCCCGUCUCAAGGAAUUGAUUCCUGGCGCAUCCAACUGGCCCAGCUUCGAACGCAACGCCAGCGAACAGUACGAAGGCCGUGUCUGCAUGGUCCGUAUCUCGGAUCCCGACCCUGCCAAUCCCAGUGUCUUCCUCCACGGCAUGAACGGCUCCUCGCUCCCUAUUGCUGUCGCCCACGGAGAAGGUCGCGCUUCAUUCGCUGCAGCUCCCGGCACCUCAGCUCAAGAUUUCGUGCGUGAAGGCUUGGCGCCCGUCCAGUAUGUCGAUAACGCCACCCUCAAGCCAACCAUGAAGUACCCAUUCAACCCCAACGGCAGUCCCGAGGGUAUUGCCGGUAUUCGCAGCGCCGAUGGCCGUGUCCUCGCCAUAAUGCCUCACCCCGAGCGGACCGUGAUGGGCGGUAUUGCCAGCUGGCUGCCUCCUAAUGCUGGAGACUGGGGUGACAUUGGUCCAUGGGGUCGUGUGUUCUUCAGCGCCAGAAGAUGGGUUGGCUAA